GAUUUCUAUCAAACUCGAAAGAUUCUUGGUAUGUGAAUUCGUUCUGGGUUUUGAUAAUUUUUCUCUUGUUAUCUACCCGGGUCCUAUAAAAAAUCAAUUCUACUUUAAUUCUCAGAGAAUAGUUCGUUCAACUUGACUCUGUUAAGGUAGGUUCAUCCAUGUGCUUCGAGGUGUAGGAAUUGCAGCACGUUUAGAGACUAAAUUUGGGUGGUUUUAUAACAAACACGGGUGUCUUUUUUCUGGUUCUUUUUCCAAUAUAGAGAUCUGAAAUACAAGGAAUCUACGUCUUUAAGGUGCAAUGGCAGUUACUACAAAACAAAUGUCAUUGAUUGUGGGAGCCCUUGGCGUUUUGUCCUUCAUAUUUGGUGUUAUUGCUGAAAACAAGAAGCCUGCAUCUGGAACUCCAAUAACAGGGAAAGACGUAGUUAUCUGCAAGUAUCCAGCGGACCCCACAGUUGCCUUGGGGUAUUUGUCCUUUGGUUUUCUUGUUGCCUCAACUUUGGCUGGAGGGUUAUCUCUAUUUUACCCUUACAAAGGGAAGUCAAUCCCAUGGCCUGCAUUGUUCCAAAGCACAAGUUUCUUUGUAUUUUUCCUUAUAGCUUUGGGUUCAACUGGAUUGGCAGCUACAAUGCUGUUGUGGCCCACGAUUACAGAACACAAACACCUUGUGAGUAAUGUCCAUUAUAACCUUGAAACAAGCUGCCCUACAGCCAAAACCGGGUUGCUUGGUGGAGGUGCUUUUUUAGCUCUUGAUUCGGCUCUUUUCUGGUUGGUUUCACUUAUGUUGGCUGAUAAUGCAAGAGAAGACUACUUUGAUGAUGUUAAAGGAGCUGAUGGUGUCACCAAUGAUUAUGAUGAUGCUGAUGCAGUCAUCAAGGGCAGUGCUUAAAACUUAAAAAAGUAGUUGCUUUAUUCUGUUUAAAUGUGUUUUCCAUUAAGUGGAGUUUAUUUUAUGAUUUAAAUGCAAGUAAAAGGUGGUCUAAAUUGAACACUGUAAAUAGAAUCUUUAUGAUAUCUAUUGCUGAAAAACAUGUCUAUGGGUUUUAAAGUA